ACUUGAUUGCCUCGAUCUGGCUAGAGCGGUCCAAAGAUAUAUAAAUAAGGAAAAGCAACGCACGCGCGUAUUAAUACAUUGGGUGUUCGGUUCUAAACGCGCAACGGUCGUACGAAUAUUGCGCAUACGCCGCGUGGCCAAUGAUUUAAACUGAAUUUUGUGUGUGUGACAGAGUGUGCCAACGGCAAAAUAUGGACAAUAACACUGACAAGCACGAACAGCGGCUGGGCCAUCGUCGCCAGCCAGCCCUGGGCAAGGCCAUGCCCGUGACUGCCUUGCUGCUAAAUCUGAAUCUUGCGCACAACAAUAAGCCAAGUCAUGCAAGGAGCGCAGCAGCUGACUCGCUGGAUGACGAUGAGCCGCCGCCGCGUUACUUUAACAUAGCCCAAGAGGUGGAACAGCCGCCGUCGCCCAGUGACAGCAAGGAAGCCCAGCCAGAGCUACAAGGUGCUGGAAAGCCGGACAUGCCCUGCCUCAACUGUUGCCAGCGAGCGCCUUUGGACUUAAGUGGACCCGGUCUGGCCAUUAAUGAGAUGUGCCAGCGCCUGUGCAGCGAUGAGUGUCGACGCGGCCUCAGCUUGACUGGCUGCCUGGCCACACAGGAUGCAGAGCAGCUGCGGCAGGAUUUCCUGAAGCAAUAUGAAAUUGCGGAAGCGCUGGCCAAGACCUCGGCAAUGACCUCGACAACACAAAUGAAACAACGUCUCGCCGCACGCAAACUGGAAAUGGAUAUCGAGACACAGGCGGCAGCGGCUUCCACUGAGCCAGCCUGGCUAACCACACCCAGCAAUAAGGCAGCAGCUGCUGUUGCUGGUGGCGUUGUUGCUGUUACUGCUGCCGCUACUGCUGGAGACACGUUGCCGCCAAUCGCUGAUUAUGAGCAGCCGCCGCCGCGAGAUUUGCUGUUGUAUCUUGUGAGGAUGGGCUCGUUCAACUCGGCGCCCAAGAUAAACAAUGUGGACUCGCAAGACGAUGGCCUGGAGCUGCCCAAGGGUCUCAGCACUGCCGCACUACUCGACCACGUGCAACAGCUGCACGGCGCAGGCACCGAGAAGCCAUCGUUGUUGAGUCGUUGUUUCUUGAAGCCCUCGCCGAACAGCGCGGAUGUGACCGACGGUCUGCGCUGCCUCAAGCUGAACUCUGUCUCACGUGUAUGCAGUGCUCCAGCCGAUGGCGCGCAGAACAUCCGAUUGCUGCAGUGGAACAUUCUCUCGCAGACUCUCGGCCAGCACAACGAUGGCUUUGUGCGUUGCCCCGAUGAGGCUCUGACUUGGCAGCACCGCAAGUACUUGAUCGUCCAGGAGAUUCUUCAAAAUCAGCCGGAUGUUGUUUGUCUGCAAGAAGUGGAUCAUUUCAAAUUUCUGCAGACUGUACUGGGCAGCCAGAACUAUGCGGGCAUCUUCUUUCCCAAGCCGGACUCGCCCUGCUUGUACAUCGAGCAGAACAACGGACCCGACGGCUGUGCCAUCUUCUACAAGCGCGACAAACUCCACCUCGUGGGCUACGACACACGCAUCCUUGAAGUGUGGCGCGUGCAGAGCAACCAAGUGGCCAUUGCUGCUCGGCUGCAGCUGAAAGCCAGCGGCAAGGAGUUCUGUGUUUGCACCACACACCUGAAGGCACGUCAUGGCGCUCUGUUGGCCAAGCUGCGCAACGAGCAGGGCCGUGAUCUGAUACGCUUUGUCAAGCAGUUUGCCGGCGAGAGUCCGCUGUUGCUGUGCGGAGACUUCAAUGCGGAGCCCGUUGAGCCCAUCUAUGCAACGAUUCUCGGCUGCGAUCUCUUCAAGCUGGGCAGCGCCUAUGCGGACAUGAAGCUGGAACGUGAGCGGGAAUGGAAACGGGAACAGCAACAGCCGCUGUCGCACACAGACAGCAGCGAAGAUCCCAAUGAGCUCAUUGCCCAGUCCAUCAAGCGCGAACCUCCAUACACCACCUGGAAAAUACGCGAAGAUGGCGAAGAGUGCCAUACCAUUGACUAUGUUUUCUACACGCCACAGCAACUAAAGAUCAAGAACUGCCUGGAAUUUCCGGCCGGAGAACAGAUUGGCAAGAACCGUACGCCCAGCUUUGAGUAUCCUUCGGAUCAUUUUUCGCUCGUGUGCGACUUUGAGCUGGUGGACGAGCCCCUUUCGGAGGGCAACAACAAGUCGCAUGGCUCCAUACAGUAGAGCUUGUCAGCACACGCACACAGCUACACAUAGACAGAAAGACAGAAAUACACACAGACAUAUACACACAGCAAUUACAUAAUAAAUUGUGAUAUUAGCUCUUAGAUACAAUUUUAGCCAUCUAUACAUUUGUACGUAUUAUAUAUACUAUAUAUGAAUGUGGCACGGCAAAGCUUACUAAAACGAGAAAUUAAUCCAUUAAUAAACGAGUGUAACUUUGUAGGA